UCUUACUUCCGCCGAAAACGUGUUUAUUUUCAGAGCAAAGUAAAACGUUUUAUUUCAUCCUGGUAAUUCGAUAUAGCAGCAUAAGCGCUGUUUAAAAUAAAUGUCAUUUUAGAAGUUAUGGGCUCUUGAACUUGAGAUGCUUUGUGACGAUAACGAUUUAGCAAAAUGACAACAAGAAGAAGAAAGGCUGGGGAACCAACAGCUCAGAAAAGAGAAGCACAUGUUCAGGAGGAAGAAGGAGACCGCCCUUAUACAAGGGUUCUUCUGCAGGGUGCACUUGUUAUUUGCUCAUUACUAGUCAUAAGGACUUUUGUUGAUUUUGAGGAAAAAGAAUAUGGUCAGCUUGCCACAAUAAAUGAGGACAUCCCUCAUAGGUUCAUUGAAGUUGGAUGCUCAUCAGAUUAUGACAAGGAAAAGGUAAUGUUCAAAGGUUGUAUUCCAUCUAUAUGUGGAAGGGUCAUAAUGGACCACAUAGUGACACGUGAGGAAGCAGCAAAAUUACUAGAUGUUGCCAAGAAAGGUCUUUCACUAGGAGGUUCCAAUGGCGGAGCUUCCAUUCUUGAUCUUCAUUCAGGUGCUCUUUCAAAAGGAGACAAAUUUGUGGAUAUUUUCAGUUUACAGAAAACCAAAAGCAUCAACAUAUUUACUGAGGAUGAUUUCAAAUUGUAUACGCGAGUGAAGGAUCGUAUCCAACACACUAUAACAGCCGAGUUUGGCAUCCCUAGAGAAAAACUGUUCCUCACAAAUCCAACAUUUUUUUCCCAAAUGACAACAAAACCAGCCCAGACUGUUCAUGAUGAGUAUUGGCAUCCACAUGUUGAUAAGGAGACGUAUGGAUCUUUUCAUUACACCUCUUUACUCUACCUCUCAGAGUAUGGCACAGACUUCAAAGGAGGGAGAUUUGUGUUUGUAGACAAGGAUAUUAACAAGACAGUGGAUCCAAAGCGUGGCCGUCUCUCUUUCUUCACAUCUGGUUCUGAAAAUCUUCAUUAUGUGGAAAAAUUGACCAGUGGUACAAGAUACGCCAUCACUGUCUCUUUCACAUGUAAUCCACAGCGAGCUAUUGAUGAUCCAACAUUGAGGUGAAGUUUGGUUAGGAGUUCAGAGAUGAGACAUAUCUACUUGUUUACAAAAUUGUCUAUUUGAGGACAGCUUUAAAGCACAGUUUUUUCCCCUACAGUUGUACCUAGGUUUUGAUUUUUUUUUAAACCUUACCACUUUUAUCCCCAGGGCAAUAGCAGUAGUAUUGUGCAAUGGAUCUUAAAAGCAGCAGGAUCUUAAAACAUUUUAUUUAUGGGGAUGUUGAUGCAAAAAAAUUUCUGGAUGGCUUCACCGAUUUUCUAAUAGUGUCUGACUUUAUCUAAUAUAUACUGCAAAUUUUUCACUUUGAGUAAAUGUGCCAUGUGUGAGCCGUUACAUCAUUUGUUAAGAAAGGAUGCAGUCUCUGAUGCAAGUUAAGUUUAUUCACAAAGACAAGGAGAAUAUUAGAGCCAAUAAAAUUUACAUAUGUGAUCUCUUAACAAUCUCAAUGGUUGUACUGCUCUUUUGUUAACACUGACAUAUAUGUGCUAAGGUAGGCACUUUCAAAACAAGUAGAGGUACUAGUACUUCUGUUGUAUAAAAUAAAAUGUAACAUUUGCAUUGUGUGGUGCUGUUAAAAGGACAACUUUUUCACCCCUAGGUAUGCAAGGGUAUGAAAGGGUAAUGUCACUUUCUGGUCAUUUUCAGUCAUUUUUGUGCAUGUUGAUAAUAUAGGGGUUCACAAGGGAUGCAGGUAUUAUCAGCCGGGUUUUGACAUCACUGUUGCAAGUGUUGGUCUCCCCAUUACCACGGCAGAGAGUGCCAAACAAGUGACAUCUCUGCAUUAAUAGGUAUUAACAGUGGCAGAGAUCUAUACCCUGCAUCUCUCAAUUACCCCUGAUGAGAUCAAAGUGCACAGAAAAUGAAAAUUAUCCAUUUUAUUUCUUACUUUUGAGAUACGUGUCUAUAAUUGUGAAUUAUGCUAAAAAGAUCCAUGUUUUCUUUCUUCAUAAAAUGUGGAACUCCUUCAGCUUGUGCAUAAUAGUAGAGUUAGUAGUCGAUUUGUGCAUAGUAUUCACAACCAGAUGCUAUGCACUGGUUUCAUGAAAUGAGAAAGUACAUGUAGAGUUUCAGGAAUUUGUUGGUAUUUCUUGAUUAUGAUAGGAAAUUUUUUGUGAUGUUACUUUUGUAACCGCAUUUAUAUGCAUUUUUGUUGUAUUUUCUGUCCCAG